AUGGCCCUGGAAGCCGGGGCAUCGACAGAGAGCUCCACGCCUACACCCAGGCUUGUGAAAGUCGAACCAGCCACCAAAGACGAGGUGGAGAACUUCAUCUCCGCCAACAAUCGAUGGAUUGAAGACAGCGCAGCUGUGGAGCUCCGGAACAUGCCGCCUGAGGACCAGCGACGAGUCAUCAACGGUGGCACGCUAGUGAGCUGCCGUGAUGCAGUUGGCGUGAUGAGGUCGCGGGUUCGGCAGGCCAAAGAAAAAGAAGCGAUUCUGUCGGGGGCUCACCUGGCUGAGAAUGCAAGCGCCUCGUCCGGACGGCUCUCAAGGCCUGCUAGCAAAGAUGAGGUCGAGGCUUUCAUCGCCUCAAAUCGGAGAUGGAUGACCCCAGAGUCAGAAGAGAUCCUGAAGUUGAUGAACCCGCAUGAUCAGAAGCGGGUCAUCUCCGCUGGGACUCUGUCUGGCUGUCGGGAUCCUGUUGCUGUGCUGCAGACCCGGGCAAAGAGGGCUAGAGAAAUGGAGAUUGAGUUCGAGCUGAUUGCCAGCGGCAAGAAGGUCGAGCCACCAAAGCCGGCGGCGGAAACAAUGCCGAUGCCAGUCUUCUCCGCGGAGGCGGCGCACGCCUUCAUCCAUGCAGCCCCACAGGAAGUGCGAUCAGAGAAUUCUCGUUUCGCACCGCCGCCGGAAACGGAUCCGGACAGCUUUGUCACGGAAGAGCUCGAAGGUCCGCUGACCUCAGAGGUUAAAGGCAUUGGCGGUGUCAUCGAGAUGUUGCGCGCCAAGUAUGGCUGCUCGAAAGGACAGCGAUUGCGGGUCAUAGGUGAGACACCCGCAUUGCUGCAGUUCGAGGGAGGCAAGACGGCGCCAAAGAACCACGAAGGAAUGGGGUGGAAAUGGAUCAUUGGAGAGAACACUGCGGCCUCCAAGCAGAAAGAUGAGGCGGCCCGACAGGCCGAAAUCGCCGCUGCCUUUAAGGCGCGGGAAGAGCGCUUGGCCCAGGAAGCGAUCCUGAAGGCAAAGGAAAAGGAGAGGAAGGCUGCGGAAAAGGCAGGAAAAGAACAACUUCCUGCAGUGGGAAUUCAAGCGACACAGCCCGAAAGUCAGACACAAGUCGAGGCGCACGCCUGCCAGGCGCCGAAGCUAGUAGCACCACAGGGCACCCAGGACUCCGGAACAGCAAAAAUGGAGGUGGAGACAGACUCCGUGAAAAAGCAAGAGGUAGUUGUCGAUAAGCAGGACAAAGUCAAGCAAAAGGACAAGGACAAGGAUGUUAAGAAGGCAGAUGGUGAGAAGAGCAAAGACAAGCUGAAAGAUAAGGAGAUUCAGUCAAAGAAGGAGUCUGAAAAAGACAAAGAGAAGACAAAAGACAAGAAAGUAAGCAAAACAGACUCCAAAGUGAAGGAGAAGGAUAAUGGCAAGGCCAAGGAGGCAGAGCAACGCAAGGAGAAGAAAGACAAAGACAACGGGAAGGUAAACGAGUCCAACAAGGACGCAGACAAGGAGAAAGACAAGAACGCCAAGGAGAAACAGAAGGACACCAGCAAAGCCAAAGACAAGUCGCGAUCAAGAUCGAGGCGGAGAGAGAAGUCGAGAUCGAGAUCAAGAUCGAAGGACAAGAAGAAAAAAGAAGGAUCACGAUCUAGGAAACGAAAAGAAAGAUCCAGGUCAAAGGACAAGAAGAAGCAGAAGGAGAAGGAGCGCAGCAAGGGCGAGGGUAAGGAGAAGAGGAGAAGGACCAGCAGCUCCAGUUCGGCCUCACGAGCCAGGAGAAAGGAGAAAGCACGCGCCAAAGAGAAAGAGAAGGAGAAAGAGAAAAGGCAGAAAAAAAGCAAGUCUGACGACAGCUCUGGCGCAAAGAGAAAAGACAAGGACCGGAGAAAAAGGCGGAAAAGCUCGUCAUCGUGA